GAAGAGAGUACAAGUGAGCAAGCAGAGAAACAUGAGCUUUUGUGAAAAGAUAUGGUUAUACUCUACAAGACGACAUGAAGCAAAAAUUGCAAUGGAUUUAUUAAGACAGAGGACAAGAUGAUGUAACAAGAUCAGUAUAACCCAUGACAUCAUAAUCUAAUAGACAGUACAGGGAACCUCUGUAUAAACUGAAGCAGAUCUAUCAGAAAUAUGAGCUAAACUCGCAACAAAAGAUCAAAAUGGCGUCUCAGUCUUCUUUUCAACAAACUGCUGAUAAAUUGAACACGAGUUUGCCUAUUCACGUAACAGCUGAGGACCUCCAAGACAACCCAGAGUUUUCCAAGUUGCUGAUGACGCUCUGUAGACAUCUUGACGAGAAAGCUGUUAGUAAAGAAGUAAAAAAAGACUUCGAUAAGGCUCAUGAGGACUUACAAGAAAAGAAAAGAAAAUAUCUUCAAGUGCAUACUCUAUACUCAGAAAUAAAGGACAUACUGGCUGAAAAUGAAGUUUCAAAGCAAACAAGAAGUGUGUCUAGCUCUACAGAUCAGGUAUAUGAUGCUCUUCAAGCUGCCAUUUCCAGUGCUGAGGCUGUAGAAUACCUGGAUUUUACACCUGAAAGUGACAGGGAAGUGACACUACUUGGUCUAAAGKCAGAUCAAUUAUUACUGACAAGCGGUGGACACUUACGCAACCAACAACAGUCAUUCCAGCAACAUGUUAUACCAGAAAUAGAAUCCCGCAUGAAGUCCAAAUGUGAWAUGCUUGUUGGUGUACAUAAUCCUGCCAACGAAAAUGACAGUGGCGGCUUGUCAUUUGCCAAAGCAGGUCAACUUCCAGCUUUACUGUCAAAAGAGAAGAAAACACUAGAAGAUGAAAAGAGAUUGCUKAAACAAGACCAAGUCUUGAUAGACUUACAAUUCAGACAAUAUUAUAAGGCACUGACGCAAUGUCUGCAGACUUUAGAACAAUURAUCAGCAAGCACAGACUACAAGCACAAUCASAUUACAACAAGAUUACUAGUAAAUGGCUCUCAGCUAAAUGUGAUGCCAUGUGCUCCAAGCUGAGGGUGCUUCAUAACCAGCUUAUCAAAGACACAUACACUCCAGGGACAGUAGCUGCUCUUAAGAAAAUAAGUGGGUAUCUUAUCAAUGCUGAGCASGARGAGACAAAAGAACUACAACGAGCAAGCCAUGCACUACAAGUUUACCAGAGCGUYGGCAUGGGAUUUGAUCAACUGGUAAAGGAAUACACAUUCCUGCUGAGAGAGAUUGACAACAAAAAAUGGGCUUUAAGUGAAUUGAGACAAAGCAACAGCCAAGAAGAWGAUGAUCUGUUUGGCCACUAAAAGGCCUUCCUUGUUAUUCAUCUAUAAAUGGACUUCUUUUAUGUCAACUAUCAUUGUYRWAAUCUAUUCUUGCUGUUGUUCUAASCACCAAAUUGCUGACUUUCUUCUUGGGCACAUAGACUGACUACGACAACAUAGUGUAUAGAUGGACAAAUGGAGGGAAAGUGAUGGAGAAAGGGAGAAAGCACAAAUAGAUGUAUUAUUUUGAAGUAUGGAAUUUGCAAAAAAGGGAAGAAUUCAAAACAAAAAUGAAGAUUCUUUUCUUUUAUUCAACAAAAUGGAUUCAUUGACUCAAUGGAUGUUGACCUUUUCUAAGUUUAUGAGAAUAUAAACCCUCGCAAAAUAGAGUACAAACACUAAAACUGUGCAACAUAAAUACUGCUAAAUUAUGCUAUUGUUUUCUAUUGUUUAAUUAACACUAUUUUGU